UGUUUGGUAUUCUAAUCUUAAAACUGAAAGUAAUGCGUUCCGAAAAGUUAGGUCUGACUUGGUCUGUGACUGGAAAGAGCACCGCCUAGCGUCUGAACGUCACGAAGAUGGAAGUGAAAGGAAAAGCACAGAUGAAACACUUAAGAUUCAUCGACCCAUAAAUCCACCCGGCGGUUCCGUACAAGUAUUCUUUUCAAUAAUUUAAUAUUUUUAAUUCAAUUAUUUUUCAAUUUCAUAAGAUAAUCUAAUGUUUUCAAUUGUGUUGCUUACUUUAUUGGACAUCGCGUCCCUGCCAUUCACUCACAGUGUUGAUUUCUUGGAACCCACUCAGCCUCCUAGCAUCCAAGAACAUUUAGUUGAUAUUGUACUGGACUGCUACCUGGUGGAAGAAGGAGGAGGACGUAUGGGAAUGUUUGCUGCUAGUUUCACACGGGAAAAGGCCACAUUUGUACUUCGGAAGAUCCCUGUCCCAGAGGAUGAAGCCCUAGACAGCUUUACAGAAUUUCAGCCACCAGCAUUUGAUGAGGAGGCCCUCAUCUUUGAGGUUACAGCCUCAUCAGUCCAGAUUCCGGGAGCUGAUGCCUUGCUUCAUGCUGACUGCAAUGAGCAGGAGGUUACCUGUGAAGUAAGUCAGUUUUACCCACGUGGUGAGAACUCUGAACAUGAGGCCUGGUUUAUUGGAAGCCUGCAGGUAUCAGGAGGUGGGAUCAGUCUUACUCUUGUAAUGAAGACACAGCCAAUGGUUGAAACAAAAGAUGUCUCAAUGAAGAAACAAAAGAAACUGGGCUUACCGCUUAGUGAAUCUGGAACCAUAUUGAUGUCUGUACAGUAUAAUGUGUUCACCCAGGCUCCUGUGGUUUCAACUACUAUUGGGGGUUCUGUAUUUCUGGACUGUGGGUUCAGAGCAGCACAGGACAACCAGGAUAUUUUUGUGGAGUGGCGUCUACAAUACAAGGGUCAUGGGAGGCAAAUCUUUACUUUGGAGAGUGGACCAAAUGUAACGGGAAUAGGCCAAGCAUAUCAUAACAACUCUCACAUGGAUGAGGACUUGGUGCGGACUCACCAAAAUGUCUCCCUUUCCUUAUCCAAUUUUAAAGUUGCUGACGAAGGGGCCUACAUUUGCCUAGUAACUUAUGGACAAUUCCAGGCCCAGCAGGUCAUUAAUGUACAGGUUUUGGUGCCACCACGUGUCCAGCUAAUCCCCAAGGUUCUUCAGUUUCAGAAUGGUGCCACAGAGAAGGUGGUGUGUGAUAUGUCAAGCUACUAUCCUUUGGAUGUUCAGGUUGAAUGGACCCGACUGUCACCUUCAUCUCCUACACCUGAGGAGCCCACACCUAUUUCUCAGUUCUAUUUCUCCAGCCAUAAGCAGCACUCUGAUGGAACCUACUCCCUUUCCGCAUUCAUCUUGAUAAACCAGGACACUGCUGAAGUUGGAACUACUUACACUUGUAGUGUAUCCCAUGUAGCACUAGAGGUGCCAACUGUUAUUAGUGUGACUCUGGUGUCAGCAGAUGAAUCAAGAAUCCUAUUGAUUUUUGGUGUUAUGGUGGCAACUUUCAUCUUCCUUUUUGCUGUCUAUCAGCUGCUUUUGAAAUGGAAUACAUCAAAAGCCAAUGAAAAUAUCCAGAUAAAAGGAACAAUGAAGAGUAUAAAGAUUAAUUGACACACUUGGAAAUCUAAGCUAAAGACUUUUGAUGAGGCAUGUAAAGGAUUUGUUUAAUUUUUUUUACUUCUAAUUUUUGCCUGCAGAAGUUAAUUCCCUGAAUGGAAGAAGGACUGAAUAACACUGGAAGAUAUGCUGUUUUAACUUAUUAUUUUGCCUCAUAAAUCCAGAGAAAAAAUGUUAAAAACAAAAACAUUCAGUUAUUGUUUUGGAUUUUAGUGGCUUUGGAAAGGUAUAAUGGAUUCUUCCUGUGUGUUUUUAGUAACACUAUGGAGUAAUCUGUAUUUGUACAACAGAAUAAGAGUGCAAAGGUCAAGGUUAGCCAACCACAGUAUGAUGAGUACAUUAGUCAGCCCAGCAAGGAAAAUAAUGUCAGUCCUGAUGGGACCAGCAACUAGUCAUAAUACUUGAUCUACCUCAUCAUUUACUAGCAUGUUAAAAAAAUCUCAAAAUGGUUUAACUGUGAUGGUAGAAAGGGUUUCUCAUGCAAGAAGUCAAGGUCUCUUUAAAUGGUGGAGUUUUUAGUUACUGUAUUAUUUCAUACAUUAAAAAGCUGUUUACUUGAAAACAACUUUGAAAUUAAUUGUAAGGAAUUUCAUUUAUGAAAAUCACAGUGUGUGUUGAAGAGGAGGGUGGGUGAGGUCAGUUUCCGCAUUGUAACCCAAAAUCCUAAUAUAGGAAAGAUGCAAAGAAACUUACAACUGAGAAAAGCUGCAUCGAAUUUGAAGAACCGCAUUGUUUGAAUGCAAAGAUGAGCCUUAAAAGACUACUAGUCUAUUAAAAUAAUAGGCUGAAAUGGCAGGGACAAACAGUAUAGUUCUCUUGUUUACUUACAUGAACAAUUCUGCUCAGGGUGAACUUCCUGCCACUCAGCUAUUAAUGCAAGGACGACUUCUAGCUCCCUGCUGAUUCAAAAGUAUGUAGAUAAUAAUUCUAUACCAUACCAUGGCAUUUUCUAAGGCCACUUAAUACUAAUCGAGUUUGCGGGGUGCUGGAGCCUAUCGCAGCAGGUACAGGGUGCAAGACAGGGGCAGUCCUCUGGACAGGACACCAGUCCAUCUCAGGGGACACUCACAUAUACACACCCACUAGGGCCAAGUUAGCGUCACCAAUCCUGGCGCCUUGUGCUUCCUAUAGGCAAUACUGUUGUUCCAGAAGAACUCUUCGUUUGGGCAUAAAAAAUAAGCCUAUUGUCUUAGCCAAGAGUGGAAUUUGGAGAAUUCAAGAGGACACCACUUACCUGCUGAGAAGCUAAAGAAGGAAGAAGAUAAAUGCUGAACGUGUGUAUAUAGGCAUUACCUGGAGAUCAGUGUGUCCCGUUUAAGAGGUAUUGUGCCUUAAUAAAAGUGCAUUUUAGGACUCAAACUUGGGUCCUUGUGAGUUGUGACUGGAGUUUGGUGUGUGACACGGGGCCGUCUUAAUAUAUGGACGCAUUGGCCACUGGCCAGGGGGCCUUAGGAGCAUAGAGGCCCAUGAUAUUUCUGAUGCCUAUGUAUGUUUCUA